AUGGCUCCGACUUCUCUUCAGUCGACCCAGAAGAUGGUCUCGGGAUAUGAGAUCCCGGUCGUUGGCUUUGGCGUAUACCAAACACCCCCCGACGUCACCGAGAAAGUGACCCUCAAGGCAUUGGAGGCCGGUUACCGCCAUGUCGACAGCGCAAAGUACUACGCCAACGAGGCCCAAUGCGCCGAGGCUAUCCGCAAAUCAGGCAUUCCUCGCUCCCAGAUUUUCUACACAACCAAGGUCCCUGCCACCCACAUGUCCUAUGAAAAGGCCAAGGAGGCCAUCGAGGCGAGCAUUGCGGACGCCGCUAGCAUUGAAUACAUCGAUCUCGUGCUGCUCCACGCCCCGUACGGCGGAAAGGAAGGCCGCCUGGGCGCCUGGCGCGCGCUCGUCGAGGCCCAGAAAACGGGCAAGAUCCGCUCCAUCGGCGUCUCCAACUACGGCAUCCACCAUCUCGAAGAACUGGAGGCCUACAUCAAGAGCGGCGCCGGCGGCCAGAUCUCCGUGGGCCAGUAUGAGAUCCACCCCUGGUGCGCGCGCGAGGACAUUGUCAAUUGGUUGAAAAAGCGCAAUGUCGUUGUGGAGGCCUACUCGCCCUUGGUCCAGGCGACCCGCAUGGACGAGCCUGUUCUGCAGAACCUGGUCAAGAAGCACAACAAGACCCCGGCGCAGAUUUUGCUCCGCUGGAGCUUGCAGAACGGAUACGUUCCUCUUCCCAAGUCUGUGACCGAGUCCCGCAUCAUCGAGAACACCAAGGUGUUUGAUUUUGAGCUGUCGCAGGAAGAUAUGGCAAGCUUGAAGACCGGUAUCUAUGCCCCGGUCUGCUGGGACCCUGCCAAGGACGCUCGUCUGUAG